GGAAGAGGGAAAGAGGCAGAGAGAGCUAGAAGUACAAGAGGAAGAAUCAGAUGAUGAUCAAUCAGAAGAGGAAGAAAUGCUGCAUUAUGAGGGUGACACUGAAGUUGAGGACCCAUUUGAGGUAGAGGAAGAUAGGACUUUUGAACAAGAAGAAGAAACUAUAGUUGAACCUGUAAAGAAGAAGCAGAAGCUGCCAGUUAGAAGAGGCCCAACCACUAGGUCACAUUGUAGUGAGCUACCAGAGGUUGAACCUGAUUUCAGACCAUCAUCAGAUGAAGAAGAGGAGGGGUUGUUGAGGGAGAGUGAUGAUGAUGGUUUUCAGCCACUCUCUUUUGUCCUACAAAAGAAAAGGAAGAGUAGGGCAAAGAAAAGGCCUCCUAGGAAGUGGUACAAUGAGAAAAUGGAGCAACCACAUGAGCAACUAUGUAUGAAGUUGUGUUUUAGGGAUCAGCAUCAAUUCAGAGAAGCUUUGUUGAAUUUGCACGUCACCCAGGCCAGGAAUUUCAGGUAUCACAGGAAUUCAGAUCAGAGGAUAAUUGUUGAGUGUACAGAUAAAAAAUGCCAGUUCUCAAUGGUGGCAGCAGUUAUAAAAGGGGAGAAAACAUUUGUAAUUAAGAAGAUGAGACUAGAGCACACUUGCCCUAGUACCACUGAGACCACCAGGGUUAGUGCUAAGUGGCUAGCACAGAAAUAUGAUCAUCUCUUUAGAUCUGAUAUAACUACUGGUAUUCAGACUAUAAUUGAUGCAUGCAAUGAAAAAUAUGGUGUAGAUGUGCCCAAGUGCAUGGCAUAUAGGGCAAAGAACAUAGCUAUUGAUGCUGUGUUAGGAGAUCACAGGAAGCAAUAUCCUAGGCUUAAAGACUAUGCUCAGACUGUCAUGGACACAAACCCUGGGAGUAGAGUAAUAGUCACUACUGUUACUCCAGUACCUAAUGCAAAAAUACCCCACCCAGGCCCAAGAUUCCAUGCCAUGUUUUUUUGCCUUAAUGGAGCAAGGGAGGGGUUUCUCAAUGGGUGUAGGCCUUUCAUUGGUUAGUUCUUGAACCUUGUGUGAACCAUUUACAUAUCUGCAGCUUAUCUGCAGCAUCACCCUUUGUGUUGUUGUGCACAUUACCCUCCAGCGGCAGCCCAGCCAACCUCUUCCUCGUGAGAUCAUCCAUAUUAGCAUCUUUGCCUUUGCCGUCCACUACCAUGUCAUCCUCUCUCCUUCCCGUCUCCUGAUGAGCUGGGAAGUUGUUCAUGUCGGCCUCGCGUCGAUUGCCUGAACGCCCCCCUGUCCGGCCUCCCCUACGGCCACCUCUCCGACCUCGGCCCUCUCCAGGACCUUGGCUUGCGCGCAUGGCCCAGCUAGCUCAUAAAUCCUUGAAGACUAGAGCCGAAGGGGGAUGAAUCCUAGUACCGUGUUCCUUAUAAAGAUGACCCAACAUGCCACACAUGGCGCACCAAUCAGGCAGCUUCUCAUACUUUACUCUAUAGAUCUGUCUUCCCCCCCCCCCUCUGAUCAUAGACACAGCGUUCUGCAGGGGUUUAAACACAUUCAGCCGGAUCCACACCCUAUGGAAGUUCCCCACAAAAUCAUGAGACGGUUGUUCUGUGAAUAGCACUUCCCCCACCUUUGCGGCUAGUGGAGUAACCAGGUGAGCAAACAGAUCUGGAACAUGAUCCAUAUGUCAAUCGUCUCCAGCUUGAUGGAUGAAGGUUUUGAGACCCCAUCAUAAGGCGCAAGAAGCACUGCAUCCCCUCGGAAAUUCCAAGGUCCCUCAUGCAUAACUCUCUCCCAAUCUCCUAAACAGGACAGUUGAACUGAGUACAGAUUAUCUUCCAAGGGCUUAAAUUUGGCCUCCUGUGCUAUAUUCCAUGCUGACCGCAUGUUUCUGUAGAACCACGUCUGACUGUAUGAUUUGGAGGUGUUUACCCUAGCCAGAGCAAUCCAUCUGGGUCCCUGUGGAGGCGCAUCUUUCUCAUCAAAGAUCACAUCAUCAAGAUCUUCUUCCUUCAGCCCAAGUUCUGCCAUCAUCCGCUCGACAUCGCUUGCGCCCGAGGAGCCCGAGGCCCCUUCAGCCGCCAUCAGAAGAACCUUACCCGAUGCAAAAGUGACCGGGUAUAUUGGGGAGACCCUAGAACCACCGUUCCCUGCCUAACCUCGCGCGAGAAGAGUGCGACGGAGGAAGACAGAGAGAGAUCGCUGAUAGGGAAGGAAAAGCGAUCUACUCGACGGCAUCGUAGUCGCC